AUGUCGGGUAAUUUUUACCAACCUCUGAAUCGUUCACGACGCGAGAUACGGCUCAUACUCCUGCACAAUGAUGACCAGGGAUUGGAGAGUCGAGAUUCACCCAACAGCCCACUGCGAUGUCAAUUGAUUACGACUUCCUUGACGUUUUAUGAUACAAAGUUUGAUAUCGAUGCUAGAGAAGUACUUUCGGCCGCGUCACCGCAAAUCAAUGGUCUUUAUACAUUAUACGCCCUCUACAAAUUGUUUCGUUUUGCGCAACGGAAUGUGCCGCGCAUUUUACAGCAAAAGCCUUCCAGGUUUUACGCCCUUUCUUAUGUCUGGGGAGAUCCGACACGCUUGAGCGACAUUGAGGUCAAUGGCCAAGUCGCACGGAUUCCUGAAAACUUGGCAGAAGGACUUCGAAGCAUUCGAGCAAAUACGAAUAUUCGCGUCAUUUGGGCUGACGCAAUCUGCAUCAAUCAGCAGGACAACGAAGAGAAGUCAUGGCAGAUUCAGGAAAUGGCGACAAUAUACAAGCGUGCAGCGUGCGUUAUUUCAUGGCUUGGACGCGGCACUGCCGAAAGUGACUUGGCUUUCGCUGCAUUGCGGAAGUUCAAUUUCGGACAUGGUCCGCUUCUCAGCAGACUUGUUGAUCAAGUGAGACCUUGUAGCAUCGUCGUCGCAGCUAUUGGAUAUGCCAUCUUAAUGAUCCGGGAAGGAUUUAUGCUUCCGCAUGCUGGUCUCGGCUCCUCGCGGACAUUUAGAAAAAUUGUCGCGAUUUCGGAAGACGCUAUAUCAACGCUUCUCAAAGAUGUUGAGCACCUGGAUGCUGUCCUUUCUCUGGCAAAUCUCGUAUAUUGGUCACGGAUGUGGAUAUUCCAGGAGUUUGCUUGUGCUCGCAAACGGUUAUUUCUUUGUGGCGACAGCUUGACCGACAAUCUCGACCUCGCCCUGGAAAGUGUAAUGCAUUGGCGCGGUCUCUCAGGAGCUUCUGGUGAAAGCAAGCUCCACGCAGCUUUACCUCCGAUGAUUACAGCAGCAAACAACCUAGGGUUCCGAAGAUGGAAGUGUUAUUUAGGGCCAAGGCUAGCGUCAAGGAUAGGGCCUAAGGUUUGGCAGUUGCUCUCGAGGUAUCGGGAACAUGAUGCUCCCGUCCUUCUGAGCCUGUUGCGACAACUCCAUUUGCUCCACGCCACAGACGCCCGAGAUCAUGUCUAUGCACUUAUUUCAGUGGCUGCAGACCGGCGGGAGUUACACAUCACUCCGGAUUAUGCUAAAUCAGUUGAAGUCGUCUUCACAGAAAUCACAUCAGCACUGCUUCGGCACGGCAACUUGGACACUCUGCUUGACGCAACAAGAUCGGAACCAAGACCUGACCUGCCUUCAUGGGUCCCAUACUGGUCCAACUUGUCAGAACCGGGUUUUGACCCGCAUCUUUAUCGUUUACACGGGUCAAGUAACUGGUGUCAACGCUGUGCUGGCCUUGAUACGUCCCGCUUUCCUGACCUAAUCCAUCUGGAUGGGUUCAUUGUUGAUGAAAUUGUACUUGUGGGGGACACUUACAGGGGCCGAAUCUCUCGCAACAGCGAUGGUCCGAACGAGAAGCCAUUAAAGCUUCUCAAGUCAUGGUUGGAUUCGAUUGGGACUGCCAUUUGGGACCAUGAUAGGUAUGUUAAGGAUCAAAACGAACAGGAAGCUUCUGCAAGAGAACGCAUCACCGCCGAUCUUUUGCUUACAGCAACUGUCGGCCUCCCAGCCAAGACUGAACUAGCUCUACCAAUACUCAGUCUCACGGGCCUCCUUACGAACCUCGCGAAAUCCACGCGGUUGCAGAAGGAAGUUGUACGGGAGUUGACAUUCCCAAAAAUCGAGAGUGAGGAGAUCUGGUUGGCGCAGUAUGUCACGAAAGUGGUGAAGCUACUCUCGUCUCCAAACGCCGCUCAACCAUUUCGAACCUUGACUGGAUAUUCUUGCCUAGCCGCCCACGACAGAUGUCGAGUCGGAGACCUGGUGGUCAUCAUACCAGGAGUUGGAAUACCUCUGGUGGUCAGAAACACAGGGGCAGACUGUACUCCUAGUAGACAUAUCUACCGUCUGAUUGACCAAGCGUAUGUGCAUGGGAUCAUGUACGGAGAGUUCUUCAAACAGAAACCUCGUCCUAAACUUGAGAAGUUGGCGCUCCUCUGA